AGAGAAAGAGGGAACCGGUAGAAUAUGGCGCCUUCUACGGUUCCUUUCUCGAGAUCUUGAAGAGGAGGAUUAAGAUAGUGAUAGCCAGGUUUUAAGGUUUUUUCACUUUCACAAGAUUGAAAUUCGGAAACAUUAUUGGAACUGGCGGUGCAGUCAAUAUAAAUGUUCUCAUGGCCUCGGUGCCUUCAUCUCUAUUUCUGCAACCGCGUUGGAAACGUGUAGUGGGGUGGUCUGGACCUGUACCCCGACCUCGUCACGGGCAUCGAGCUGUUUCAAUUAAAGAACUGAUAGUAGUUUUCGGUGGUGGUAACGAAGGCAUUGUGGAUGAACUGCAUGUAUAUAAUACGGCUACUAAUCAAUGGUUUAUCCCUGCCGUUCGAGGAGAUAUUCCUCCAGGAUGUGCAGCCUAUGGUUUUGUAUGUGAUGGAACUCGCCUUCUGGUCUUUGGUGGCAUGGUAGAAUAUGGAAAGUAUAGCAAUGAUCUAUAUGAACUACAGGCAAGCAGAUGGGAAUGGAAGAAGCUCAAAGUGAAGACACCUAAGAAUGGGCCUCCUCCUUGUCCCCGGCUUGGACAUAGUUUCUCUCUUGUGGGUAACAAAUGUUACCUCUUUGGGGGUUUGGCUAACGACAGUGAAGAUCCUAAGAAUAACAUUCCAAGGUACCUGAAUGAUCUCUACAUCCUGGAGUUAUGCCCAGGUUCGGGUGCAGUGGCUUGGGAUAUCCCUAUUACCUAUGGAGUCUUACCCCCACCCCGUGAAUCCCACACAGCCAUUGUUUAUAAAGAAAAGGAAAAGAAGAAAUCCAAGCUGGUUAUUUAUGGGGGAAUGAGUGGCUGUAGAUUGGGUGACCUUUGGAUCCUAGAUAUUGAGACUCUGAUGUGGAAUAAACCCAAUCUUAGUGGAGUGGCUCCUCUUCCUCGAAGUCUUCACUCUGCUACUACCAUAGGAAACAAAAUGUAUGUCUUCGGUGGCUGGGUACCUCUUGUCAUGGAUGAUGUCAAAGUAGCCACACAUGAAAAAGAGUGGAAGUGCACUAAUACACUGGCAUGUCUUAACCUAGAUACUAUGGCGUGGGAGACUAUCCUGAUGGAUAUGUUGGAAGAUAAUAUUCCCCGUGCUCGGGCUGGUCAUUGUGCUGUUGCCAUUAAUACCCGACUUUACAUAUGGAGUGGAAGGGAUGGCUACCGAAAAGCCUGGAAUAACCAGGUUUGCUGUAAGGACCUCUGGUACUUGGAGACAGAAAAACCCUCAGCUCCAUCUCGGGUACAUUUGGUUCGAGCAAAUACUAACUCCUUAGAGGUGAGCUGGGGAUCGGUGCCAACAGCUGACAGCUACCUUCUGCAACUUCAGAAAUAUGAUACUCCUCCUGCAGCAGCUGCUACCUCACCAAUAAUUAAUCCAGUUCCUUCUAUGCCGGCCAACCCUCCUAAAAGUCCUGCCCCAGCUACCAUAGCUCCUACUAUACAGCCCCUCACCCAAAUGGGCAUCACACUUUUCCCUCAAAGUUCUGUGACUCCCCCAACAACUAACCCUAUUCAGGUUUUGCCAACAGUACCUGGAAGUUCUAUUUCUGUGUCCACCAUGACUAGGACUCAAGCAGGUGUUCUUAAAGUAACUGGCCCCCAACUUACAACAGGAAACCCAGUAGUCACUGUCCGGCCCUCCAGCCAAGCAGGAAAAGCACCUCUCACUGUUACUUCAUUGCCUACUGGUGUACGGAUGGUUGUGCCAACACCAAGUUCUCAAGCCAUGGUGGUGGGUAGCAGUCCUCAGAUGAGUGGAAUGGCAGCUCUGGCAGCUGCAGCUGCUGCCACUCAGAAGAUCCCUCCUUCUGUUCCUACAGUAUUAAGUGUUCCUGCAGGCACUACUGUGGUAAAAACUGUGGCAGUAUCAACUGGAACUACUACUUUACCAGCUACAGUGAAAAUGGCUUCCUCACCAGUCAUGGUAAGCAAUCCAGCUACUCGAAUGCUUAAGACAGCAGCAGCCCAAGUGGGAACAUCUGUUUCAUCAAAUAAUAGCACACCUACUCGACCUAUUAUCACUGUUCACAAAUCAGGCACAGUAACUGUGGCCCAGCAAGCCCAAGUGGUGACCACUGUUGUGGGAGGAGUUACCAAAACCAUCACUUUAGUUAAGAGUCCACUUUCUGUUCCAAGUGGCAGUGCUCUGAUUUCUAAUCUUGGCAAAGUUAUGUCAGUUGUUCAAACCAAACCUGUACAGACCUCAGCUGUAACAGGCCAGGCUUCCACUAAUCCUGUAACACAGAUCAUCCAGACCAAGGGACCUUUGCCAGCAGGAACCAUUCUGAAGUUAGUAACAUCAUCAGAUGGCAAGCCUACCACUAUAAUCACAACCACGCAGGCCAGUGGGACAGGAACCAAGCCAACCAUCUUAGGUAUCAGCAGUGUUUCUCCUAGUACCACAAAACCUGGGACCACUACCAUCAUCAAGACUAUUCCUGUGUCAGCAAUCAUUACCCAGUCUGGAGCAACAGGUGUAACCAGCAGCCCUGGAAUAAAGUCUCCCAUCACUAUUAUCACCACAAAAGUCAUGACUUCUGGUACAGGAACACCUGCCAAAAUUAUUACAGCUGUCCCUAAAAUUGCUACUGGCCAUAAUCAGCAAGGAGUGACCCAAGUUGUACUGAAGGGAGCUCCAGGACAACCUGGCACCAUUCUUCGAACACUGCCCAUGAGUGGAGUGCGACUUGUCACCCCUGUCACAGUUUCAGCAGUUAAGCCAACAGUCACCACAUUGGUAGUGAAGGGUACCACUGGUGUUACAACUUUAGGGACUGUAACAGGCACUGUAUCUACCAGCCUUGCUGGAGCUGGUGGGCAUAAUGUCAGUGCUUCUCUGGCUACUCCUAUCACCACAUUGGGCACCAUCGCUACCCUCUCAAGCCAAGUGAUUAAUCCUACUACAGCCAUUACAGUUUCAUCAGCACAAACCACAGUAACAACAUCUGGGGCUCUUACUACCCCCACCAUUACUGUGCAGCCUGUCUCUCAGCCCACUCAAGUGACAUUGAUUACACCACAAGGAGGUGUGGAAACUCAGCCAGUACACGAUCUUCCUGUCUCCAUCCUGGCUUCACCUACUACAGAGCAACCCACUGCUACAGUAACAAUUGCUGAAGCAGGUCAAGGUGAUAUGCAGUCUGGUACUGUGACUUUGGUGUGUUCUAACCCACCAUGUGAAAUCCAUGAGACGAGUACCACCAAUACAUCUACCACAAGUAUGGUAGCCAACAUUGGGGACUUUCCACAAACCACACAGGUUCAACUCAUCUGUGAUGGUCAGGACAUUUCAGCAAGUGAGCAGCAGAAUGCAAAUAUGUCAAUUUGCUCCAAUCAACUUUGUGAAACUCCUGAGACAAGUAUUAGUAGCGCUUCCAUGGGGAUUGGUGCUAACUUAACAAGCUCUCUAACUGUGGACAUGGGACAGAUUCUGUGUAUAAACCCUCAUUGUGAGACCCAUGAAACAAACACCACUAAUACAACCACCACAGCCAUUUCCAACAUUAAUAGACAAAAUGUCUGCUCUAAUCCCCCAUGUGAAACCCAUGAAACAGGAACCACCAAUACAGCUACUACAGCCACAUCCAACAUAGGUACCAUGCAGUCAGCAUCUCCCAGCCCUCAACAUGAAAAACAUAUCCAGACAGAUGACUUAUUAGUUUCAGUUCAGUCUAGUAUUAGUGAAGAGCUCAAAGGAUCUUGUUCUCUCACCAGGUCUUCUUGCCAAACUCAUCAGAGUGGCUCAACAUGCAUUACCCUGAGUAUGAAAUCCAUAGAGGUGUCUUCAGCAACCACCAUUCAGAUUUGCCAGAAGUCAUCAUCUAAAGAGAUCAUCUCUAAUAUGACUACUUCUAAGGGGUUUUAUACUCAGAGUAUAAAAGCUGAGCAAACAAGUCCACCUACUGUAGGCAAUAUGUCAGGUUUGAAGCCACUAAUUUGGCAUUCUGAGACACAGCAUAUUCACAAAACCAGUGUCCCCACUAUGGGACAGGUGAGUAUAGAUGCCAAGGAAACCAUUGAAAUACCAACAUACCCUAAGCCUUUGUGUCUCCUACACCAAGACUUGACUAAAACUACAAAAACCAUAGGAACACAACAGUGUUCUUCUCUUUGUGAGAAUUAUGAGACUGGUAUUAUGUCAGCUAUGGACAAUGUUGACUACAACCCAGCAUGUGAAAUCCAUAAAACAAAUAGCACUACUACAACUUCUUGUUUAGUCAUUAGUCAUAAUAAUAGUCUGCAGCAAACAAGCCUAAGCAACCAAGAGACAAUCAUUAGUGAGAACCAAGAGCCUCCCUAUGUUCCCAAAACCUUGACAACAGUUACAGAUUUGGUAGAGUUACCACCAAAGGUCACAUGUACUUCCAAGAACAGAUCCCCUUCAGGAGACACUUCUGGACCAAAACUGUGUUCCAAUCCUCCACAUGAAACUCAUGAGACAGGUACCACUCACACAGCCACUACUGUCACCUCAAACAUGGGCUCCAAUGAAGUUUCUCCACCAGCUACUAGUGGACAUGAAGAUCUAGGGAAUAUUCAAGGGACUUCUGUGAUUACCACCAGUUUCAGCAGUGUGACAACAGCAACCUUUGACCAGUCCCAGGCACUGACCACUAUGACACAAUCUACUUUGGUCCCCAAACCUUCAGUUCCAAGUUUAUCAUUAAUGAUAGAAGCACCUCCAGAGGAGAAGACUAACAUUCCUGCUCCAGAUGCAGUUUCCAGUACUGUGCCUAGCAUAGAGGCGUCUCUUUCUGUUAUACAUGUCUUGGAUUCAGAUGAAAUAAAAGCUAAGCAAAUGUUAAGAGAGAAAAUUGCGUUAUCAUCACCCCUUCUGCAGUCCAGUCAGUACACAGGGCCCUCUUUGAAGGAACAGUCACAGCUUCCCAAGAAUUUAGUGGCUGUGGACAAUAAUGCUAAGGAAUUCCCAUCAGAUCAGGACCAUACCAAUUCAGCUGCUGUGACUUCUAUAAUGGUGCAGCAUCCUCCAUCUCAACAACCUGAGGUAUUUCAGCAUUCUCUGCCCCAUGAGUUGAUGGCUGAGGGACAGGUGGACCAAACAACAUUGAUGGUUUCAGGGUUCUCCCCAGAAGAAUUUGCAGUCACUACAGCAGCUGAUACUGCAGCCCAUGCAAUAGCUAGUGAGGAAGCCCAAACUUUGGCCAUGCAUGCGCUACAAGCUGCACAGCAAGCUAUAAUGGGUACUUCAGGGCAGCCUAUGGGCACAAUAGUGACACAGACAGAACUGGGAUACCUUCCUACCAUCCAAGAGGGUCAAUCUACCACCAUUCCUCUUGUAUUGACCCAGCAAGAACUUGCUGUCUUAGUACAACAGCAGCAUCAAGACCAUGUUCCUACCGAGGCCCUGGCUCCUGCUGACAGUCUCAAUGACCCAACCAUUGAGAGCAAUGAUUUUAAAAAUCCAUCCAGUCUGACAGCAUCUAAUACAUUUGUCACUCCUCCAUCUGUAAUGGUAGCCAGCACAAACAAACUGCAGGCUACAACUGCUUUGACUGAGAAACCUGAACUAGCCCACUCAACCAUCAGAGCACUAAUAAAGAAGGAAAACCAAUGGUUUGAUGUGGGCGUCAUCAAAGGCACUAACAUGAUGGUAACUCAUUUUCUGCCAUCUGAUGAUACUUCUGCCAUGGAUUAUGAUUCCAACAUUAUCCCUAAUUAUAGCCAGUUGAAAAAGCAAGAGUUGCUGCCAGGCACAGCCUAUAAAUUUAGAGUAGCAGGGCUCAAUGCCUGUGGCCGAGGACCCUUCAGUGAGAUCUCAGCAUUCAAAACAUGUUUUCCUGGUUUCCCUGGAGCCCCUUGUGCAAUUAAAAUCAGUAAAAUGCCAGAUGGUGCCCAUCUUACCUGGGAACCACCUUCAAUGACUUCAGGCAAAAUCACUGAAUAUUCUGUAUACCUUGCCAUUCAAAGCUCCCAGUUAGGUGAACAGAAAAUCGCAACCCCAACUCAACUGGCUUUUUUGCGUGUCUAUUGUGGGUCUAAUCCAUCUUGCUUAGUACAGUCAUCUAGUCUUUCCAGUGCUCACAUUGACUGUACUACCAAGGCUGCUAUCAUCUUUCGAAUUGCUGCCCGAAAUGAGAAGGGUUAUGGCCCUGCGACACAAGUCAGAUGGCUACAAGAAUCUAAUAAAGAUGGUUCUAAUGUAAAACCUGCCAAUAAGCGACUGUUAUCCUCAUCUGAAAUGAAAUCAACUCUAAAGAAAUCUAAGACUGAUGGUCAAUAAGAGAAGGGCGAUUACCUCUUCUCAUUCAGGAAAUUCAACUCUCCUUUCCAUCCUCAACUUUACUUCAGAGGCACACUUGCCACUCUUCAAUUAUAUUAUUGUAUAUACCCUGCUAUUUUUGUCAUUUUUCUUUCUUGAAGAUGCAUAAGUUGUACAACUUGAAGAUGUAGUUAGAUUUACAUCUAACUUGUAUAUGAAGUUAUAGAAGACCUGCAAUUUUGAAGAAAGUAAAUGUUACUAUUAAAUUUAAGAUUGAGAAAACAAAGUUGUAACUAUAUUUUGUUUAUAACAAUGCUGCUAUAACAUAACUUUUCUCUUAGUCCAAGGGACUACUAAGAUCUACUUUUGUGCAUAAAAAUCUUGGUGAUGGGAAGAAGUUACCUAGGUCCCUUUGAGCUUUUUGGCCCCUCUUUGCUGAUCUAUUCCAUAGGAAGACAUUUUUCUUGUAUUUCUUAAAAGUUACAAAAUGGAGAUGUUUACCUUCACAUUCUUUAUUUCUAUGGAUAAAUGUUCCACCUACUAUCAGUAGUUAUGAUGAGUUAAUUUUCUUGGCAUUAAUCACACUAUGGGGUCAGUUUUGUUUUUUUAUCUAAUAAUCAUUUAAAAAUUAUUUGCCCUUAGCUCCUACUUAUUAGGAACUUUAUAUAAAAUUACCAUUUUAUUUCAAAUACAUAUAUUUUUUGUUUUAUGAAUACUACUUUCACAGAUUGUGAAACUUUUCAUUUGUGGGCAGAUUUUCAUCCCUAAAGAUAGAAAGCCCUCCUAGUUAAAAUCCUAUAUGGAGAGAUAGAGAAUAAGUAAUGGUAUAAUUUUUUUUUUAAAGUUAAAAUUGAUAGAAUGUUAAAAUUAUUAUUAUGCU